AUGGAUAUCAUUCUGGAAAUAUGGGACACCUUUAUUGGUGAUCGCAUGUAUUCGGCCCUGCUGCCGUCCUCGCUCUCUUCCGUAUCCCUGCCAGCCUUCGUGAAUGCGGCCAACAAUACUUCCUUGGCCCUGUUUGGCGCCACAGAGCCCUUUGUCUAUGAACCCGCCACUCAGCUGGUUCAUCUGGAACCCUCAAAAUAUGCUUAUUUGAGUGCCUGGCCGCGGAAUAACAUUUACCGCCAGUUCACCAGUUUCUUCCUUAUCACUUGGAUCUUCGGUCUGCUCGUCUACUUCGUGGUUGCCUCCCUUUCAUACGUCUUCGUCUGGGAUAAGACAACAUACAAGCACCCCAAGUUCCUUCGAAACCAGAUCGCAAUGGAAAUCAAGCAAGCCAUGGGAGCCAUGCCGCCAAUGGCUUUGCUGACUGCGCCGUUCUUUGUCCUUGAAGUCCGCGGCUAUGCCAAACUCUACGACACAGUUGCUGAAGAGCCCUUCCCCUACUACAGCAUCCUGCAAUUCCCCUUCUUCAUCUGCUUUACCGACUUCUUCAUUUACUGGAUCCACCGUGGCUUGCACCAUCCAAUGGUCUACAGGACCCUACAUAAGCCUCAUCACAAGUGGAUUAUGCCAAGUCCGUACGCCUCCCAUGCCUUCCACCCCUUGGAUGGCUGGUCUCAGAGUGUGCCAUACCACGUUUUCCCAUUCAUUUUCCCUCUGCAAAAGUUAGCCUACGUCUUCCUCUUUGGCUUCAUCAACCUGUGGACGGUUUUCAUCCACGAUGGUGAAUACGUUUCAAACAGUCCCGUCGUCAACGGCGCUGCUUGUCACACAAUGCAUCACCUGUAUUUCAACUACAACUACGGCCAAUUUACGACCCUGUGGGACCGUUUGGGUGGCAGCUACCGCAAACCCAACGAAGAGCUCUUCCGUCGUGAGACCAAGAUGGGAGACAAGGAAUGGAAGCGCCAGGCUAAGGAAAUGGAAGCCAUUCUCAAGACUGUAGAAGGAGAUGAUGACCGAAGCUACUCUGCUGAAGUCAAGAAAGACCUGUAA